AUGUCAUCAGAUUCUGAAUCUUUGUCAUUAUCACCACCAAGAAAACACAAGAAGUUGUCCUAUUCAACUGGAUCUUCAUCACUGUUGGAAUCAAGAAAGCACAAGAAAUUGUCUGAUUCCGGAUCUUUGUCACAAUCAAGCAAACACAGGAAUAGCACAGACAAGCUGCUUCAGGUGGUACAAACCAAGCACAGCAAGAAGAUUAAACAACAAAAGGUUACCUGUGUACUCAAUCUCUUUGGUCUCCCAUCUGUCACAUUCCACACAGGUCUCCAGCAUGAUUGUGGAGGCAAAAUCAGCUCUGAUCUGACUGAAGAUGUGAUAGAAUGCCAUCUGCACUUGUAUAAUGGCAUCCUGGAUUUUGUUCUGAGUCUUUGUGAUGAGCUUGACACAAUUUCUACUGACAGACUAUCUAAGAUCAUCUCUGUGAUAAUGAAAGGGAUGAGUGAUGCUUGGUCAACAGCAUUUAGUUCCGUCAAACACAAAGGACUCAAGUAUGUGCUGCUCAACAUGCACAGCAAGAACAAUGCACUCAAUCCGCCAAUUCCUGAAGUCAAAGAUAAAUCUAUCGACCCAGAGGAUGGGAUGGAGAAACUCCAGUCAGGCAAGAUCAAGAUGGCAGCUAUGAGUUGGCCUACUGGCUUCUACAAACAUGGCAUUUACAACCUGCAAAAUAAGACUAAGGGUCUUUUCAGAAACCACGUCAUUGCCCGAUUUUAUGCUCACUUGUAUAUUGUUCACAUUAUUACAUACUUCACACUCAGUCAAGCACAAAAUUGGACCAGUGAAAUCGGCACUAUGAAUCUCAAGGAAUUGUUUUGGAGCAUCAUCAACAUGCUUGAUGAUGACGAGGAUCCAUGGGUCAAAGAUACCAUGGCAUGCCAUAUCAGAGUGAAGACCAAAGUUCUCACUAAGAAGCCAGAAAAUGAAGACAAUGACAAUGAAGAAAAUGACAUUGCAGAUAUCAAAGCUCAGAGGUUGGCUAGAUGUAGUGCUAUGAAGACUAAGGUUGCAGGUGCAAAACAACUGGCAGGGACCAACACCUCACUCACUACUGGCCCAUGGCCUCAAAUGCUGUUAUCUGAGGACAAGGAGUCGGCUGAUGACUGCAACCCAGUUCCUCCUGCCAGGAAGAAACCUGCUGCCCCCCUACCUCCGAAAACCAAGUGCACUCAACUUGUUGAGUCUGACAAUGACAUUGAGGAUGUCGAAGCACCUCCUGUCAAGAAAAAGAUGGUCCCACCUCUGAAGGCCAAACACCCUCAACUUGUUGAGUCUGAUGAUAACACUGAGGAUGUCAAAGCCCCUCCCAUCAAGAAAACAAUGGAUGUUGACAAUGUCAAAGCACCUCCUGUCAAGAAAAAGCCGGUCCCUACUCUGAGUCUUCCAAUGCUCAAACAUGUUCAACCAGUCAAGGCCCCAGAGGAACUUGCAUACAAGGCACCUCCCAACAAGAAGACGCCAGUCCCCUCUCGACCCGAGUCCCCACUACCCAAGUUAACUGAAGACGAGUCAAGCAGUGCAUUGUUUGAACCCAAACCAUUGCCCAAGAAGAAAGGGAAGAAAGCUGCCAAAGUUCAAUGUGUGCCUAUGAAGCGGAACCCUACUCGCCAAAAACAGCCCAAUGGUUUCUAG